AUGACUGAAACCGAAUUACAUCUCAUAGAGACUCAGGCAAUAAAUGUGGUUACAAGGAUUUUCGAAAUGAGGCAACUGGCAACUGGACCAACCCCAAAUUGGGGCAACUGCUACCGAAAAAAAGACCGGACCAUGGUCCGGUUCAGUUCGGUCCACCGGUUUUUUGCGGUCCUAUGGACUGAACCUUUAAAUGCUAGUCCUGCACCUACUGGAACUCACAGAGGUCCCACUCCAUUCUCUCCUGACAGGCCAACUGAUUCCAAAGACUUGGGAGCACAUCCCCCUCCUCUUGCAUCGUUGUCUCUCCCUCCUGUCAACAGUCCUGCACCUACUGGAACUCAUGGAGGUCCUGUGCCAUAUUCUUUGCCACCCACUGGCAGCAGUGCGCCAAUUGAUCCUAAAAGUCAAGGAGCACAUCCCCCUCUUCCUGCAUCAUCAUCUCUUCCUCCCGUCAAUGGUCCUGCACCUACUGGUGCUCAAGGAGGUCCUGCGCCAUACUCUUCCCCAUUCACCAACGGCCCAGCACCAAAUGAUACCAAGCAAAGUUCCCCUGCCCCAGGUGCCGGUGAUCAUAUGUCUGCUCCUCCUGCUGGUCGACCAAGCUCAUCCCUUCCCCAUGUUCAUCCAGCCCUGUCUAAUGCCCCAGCGUCUCCAGCGUCAACCAACAGCCCAGUUGCUCCUGCACCGAAUGCAGGACCUGCUGCCCCUUCUGUUGCUUCUACAGCUCCACUAGCCAACAACACCCCUUCCAAGUCCCCAGCGGGAUCGGCUGGCAAAGAGUCAGGUGUUCCAAAGGAGGAGUGCACUUCUACGCUUCCUCCCAAGAAUCCUGCUCCGGCUGUUACUCUUGAAUAUACCAUGUUUGAAUUGUUCGCAGGUCCAGUCUACAGGACUGAAAAUAUACAUAGGACUGAACUGGACUGA